AUGACAUCGCUCAGCAGCGAAAAUAGCAGGUUAUCAUCAUCAUCAUCAUCAGUUUCUGCCAAUGAUAAUGUUAAAAUUUCUCAAAAUAUUUUAGUGAAAGAUCAAAGUAAAAAUGAAAUAAAUAACAAAAAUAUAUUGUUACUGAAUCGUACGAUAAUCGCCCCUGGGUAUGCGUUAAAAAAUUCUGAUUUAUUACGAAUAGCUCCAACGAAAUCGGGUAUUCCUUCAAAAACAAGAUCGUCAAAGUUAUCAGAAUCGAAAAUUUCGGCGGAUCCUUGUUUCAGUUCAGAAAUAAACUGCAAGAGCGAUCGCAUUCAUUUGACAGAACAAUUGAGAAAAUAUGAAAAAAAUACAGCAUCUAAAGAUAUAAUCAAAAAGGAAACUCCAUUGUUGCAAAUCUUUGACGGAAACGUCGUCAUCAGCCAGGAGUUGUCAAUUGAGGAAGUACAAAAUUUACUCUUUCAAAUAAAUUCUAAAUUACAAAAUCAAACCAGCGUUAAUUCAACGGAUUUUCCGAAUGUAACUUUCUCAAAGGAAGAAACCUCAGAUGUUGAAAUUAUAUUAGAAGACAAAAUCACAUCGGACAAGGGAAAUCAGUUUUUUCAAACUGGAAUCACUAAUGUAUUUGAUUCGUCCUCCGAACCUGGAAUCGAGGACCGUUUCGAAUUGAAUAACCUGAAAGCUAAUUUAGUGCCGAUAAAUGGAAAAAUAACAAAUGAUUUAGACCAACCGUCAACGAGUGCGGAAACAAAUUUGCUUUUGUCAUUUAAAAAAUCUGAUAAUCGAAAUUUAGAAUGCAGUGAAUUUGAACAUGACUAUAGUGCUGUGAAUAAAAAAACAGUGGCUGGCGAUAAUGGAAAUCAAAAGAUCAAAGGCUCCCUCGACGAUACCGAGGUAAUGCAAAUAGAAUUGCUCGAAACUGGGAUAGAAUUAGUUAAAAGAUCAAUUUGUGAUUUAAGUCAUGAAUGA